AUGACAAAACUGGUAUUUUUGAAUUUAUCAAGAAAUCUUUUAGGAAAAGAAUUACAGCGUCAGUCUGCUGAACAUGUAUUUGAUCAUCUCCGUGGUUUGAAGGUACUGGAUCUGUCCUAUAACUGGAUAACUCUCAUACAUAAAGAUAUGUUUGUGUUUACAUCAAAUAUUGAGCAACUCUACUUAAGCAAUAAUGAACUUGAAAGUGUCACCUUUGAUUUGUCAGCUGCCUUAAAAUUACGAAGAAUAGAUUUGUCUUUCAAUAAAAUUAUAAUGUUGGAUUCAACAUCAAUGAGGUUUUUAGAUGCUCCGAGAACAAAACUCUCUAUCCAGAUGUCAAAUAACCCAUUACAAUGUACAUGCCAAAGCAUGAAAUUCCUGAAAUGGAUGAAAGCAUCAUUACAUAAAAAUUUCGUUAAUGGAGAGAAUUACACUUGCAUAUUCACAGAUGAAAAUAAGAUCGAGCUGCGCCAUUUAGACCAGAUUAUCACUUCAUUAAAGCGGGAAUGUAUUUCAUUUACAACAACAAUAGUGACUGUGACCAUUAUUUUACUGGUCACAAUUAUUCUUAUAUCCUUUGCAAUAAUGUAUAGGUAUAGAUGGAAAUUGCGUUAUUUGUAUUACGCUGGUAAGAGAAGUUAUAAAGGAUAUUCAAGAAUCUUAAAUUCAGGUAGAGAGUAUCAAUUUGAUGCUUUCAUUUCCUAUGCUGACAUUGAAAGGGCAGAGUUUAUACCAAACCUGUUGAAACUAGAAAGAGAAAAUAAUUUCAAAUUUUGUAUACACAUUCGCGACUUUAUAAUUGGUGUUAAUAUAGCAGAAAACAUAACCAAUGCUAUUCACAAUAGCAAGCGUACUGUCUGUUUUCUGAGUAAAGCUUUUCUCGAAUCUGAAUUUUGCAUAUACGAGGCUCAAAUGGCCCGAAUGGAAAGUAUCUAUAGAGAUGGGGAAACAACUUUAUUUGCUGUUCUUGUGGACAGAGAUCUUGGAGCUGUCUUGCCGCAAUUUCUAAAGGAUGUAAUGAGAGAAAAAACAUAUCUGGAAUAUGAUAAAAAUAUUCCAGAGGAGUUCUGGAAUGCUAUGACUCAGGCAUUAAGAGAAAUGUAA